GGCGGGGGGUCCAAGGUCCACUGCUGCCCUAUUUUCCCUGUUUGUCCUUUGCAGACCCUCCUGAGUGAAUGUGUCGCUCCUCACAUGGAUGACCUGGGCACCGUCUCUGCGUCUGCCCCAGCCCCUGCCGCCUACCUGUGCAAGAUGUUCAGAUCGGUGGAGGAGGGCCUGACAUAUCGUUUCCACGCGGCGUGGGACGAGGUGCUGCGGGUGCUGGAGGUCUUCUUUGAGACGUGUGGGAAGCAGUGCCACCCCAUCAUGAGGAAGUGUCUCCGGUCCCUGUGUGACCUACGUCUCUCCCCACACUUCCCCUACACCGCUGAAGUGGACCAGGCAGUGGGGGCUGCUGUGGGUGCCAUGGGCCCCGAGGUGCUGCUGGAAGCCGUGCCCCUGGAGAUCGACGGCAAGGAGGAGACGCUGGAUUUCCCCCGCAGCUGGCUCCUGCCAGUGCUGCGGGACUACGUGCAGGGCGCACGGCUCAGCUUCUUCACCAGCUACUUCUUGCCCUUGGCAGCUGCCCUGAAAAGCAGAGCUGUGGAGUUUACCCAGGCUGGGCAGAGCGUGGAGGCAUAUGCCAGGCGGCAGUGGCAGGUCUGGACCCUGCUGCCUGGCUUCUGCACCCACCCCACGGAUGUGCUGGGGGCCUUCAAGGGACUGGCCCGCACCCUGGGCAUGGCCAUCAGCGAGCGCCCGGACCUGCGCCCCACCGUGUGCCAGGCCUUGCGCACCCUCAUCCACAAAGGAUGCGAGACAGAUGUGGAGCGGGCAGAAGUGGGUCGCUUUGCCAAAAAUUUCUUGCCCAUCCUAUUCAACGUGUACAGCCAGCCUGAGGAGGACGGGGGCAGCAGUGCUCAGCGCCGCUCUGUGCUGGACACUGUCCGUGCUUACCUGACCAUCACCGAGCCCCAGAUGGUGUGCGGGUUCCUGCAGAAAGCCAGCGAGAAGCUGACCAGUCCCGAGAGCUCCGAGUUUGCCAGACUCUCCAUCCUGGACCUGGUGGUGGCAAUGGCACCCUACGCUGAUGAGCAGUCCCUGGGCUCCCUGUACUGCACCAUCCAGCCUUCCCUCCAGAGCAAGGAGCACAGCAUGCAGAAGAAGGCGUACCGCGUGCUGGAGGAGGUGUGUGCCGCUCCCCAUGCCCCCUGCCAGGCCUUCAUCCGCUCCCACCUGCAGGAUCUGCAGGCAGCGCUGCUGGACUCGCUCAAGAGUGCGGCAUCCCCAGCCAAAAGGCCCCGGCUGAAGUGCCUGUUCCAUAUCGUGAAGCAGCUCUCCGCAGAGCACGAGCCUUUUGUCACCGCCCUGGUCCCAGAGGUCAUCCUCUGCACCAAGGAGGUGUCAGUGGGUGCCCGCAAGAACGCCUUCAUGCUGCUCGUGGAGAUGGGGCAUGCCUUCAUCCGCUUCGGGCCCACCCCCCAAGAGGCCAUGCAGCGGUUCCUGCUCCUGGUCUACGUGGGGCUCACAGGCUCGGUCACCAUGAUCAGCUGCACGGUGCGGGCGCUGACCCGCCUGUUCUUCGAGUUCAAGGAUCACAUGGAGCUGAGUGUGGUGGAGCAGCUCCUGCAGAACGUCUGCCUGCUGCUGGCCUCCCGCACGCGGGACGUGGUGAAGGCGGCCCUGGGCUUCCUCAAAGUCACACUGCUGCUGGUGGACACCAAGCUGCUGGCCAAGCACGUCCAGGCGAUGCUGGAGGCCGUGGGGAACCUUUCAGAUGACAUGAGACGCCACUUCCGUAUGAAGCUCCGAAACCUCUUCACCAAGUUCAUCCGCAAGUUCGGCUUCGAGCUGGUGAAGGGGCUGCUGCCAGACGAGUACCACAAGGUGCUGGUGAAUAUCCGCAAGGCAGAAGCUCGGAGCCGCAAGCAGCGUGCCCUGAGACAGGCGGCUGCAGAUACGGAUGAAGAGGAGGCACCACCGGCACAGCCCAGGGGAGACAGCAUGGAGGAGAUCCUGGCUGACUCAGAGGAUGAGGAGGAGGAAGAGGAGAAACGGCAGCAGAGCAAGGAGUGGAGGAAGCAAGCACGGCAGAAGGGCCAGGCCUGGCUGAAGGAAGGGGAAGAAGAUGAGCCCCUCAACUUCCUGGACCCCAACGUGUCCCAGCGGGUGCUGG